AUGCGUCUUCGAAUUAAAUUAUCACCAACUUUAUCUUCUCACACAGAAGCUGUAAAUGGGGUUGAUUGGAUAAAUACAGAUGAGGGUAUUUCUAUAUCAGAUGACCAUUUAAUUAAACUUUGGAUUAUGGAAAAAAUGGAAUCAAUGGAUUUGACUAUUGUUAAUGUUAAAGAAAAGAUUUUUCCAACUUCUCUCCAAUUAUCUAACCAUUCUUUACGUGAAGCAACAUCUAAACAAACAAACAAUCCUUUAAAGUCAUCAAACACAAAAUUAUCAACUUCAAAAAAUUUUUCUGAAAUAUUUUUGGUUACAACUUCUGAUGGAAAAAUUUAUUUAUUAAAUUUAAAUGGAAAAUUAGAAAAAGUAAUUGAUGCCCAUCAUGGAGCUACAAUUAUGGCCCGUUGGAAUAAUUCAGAGCCUGGGGGUGCUGGGGGGUUUGCAAGUUGUGGAGAGGAUGGUUGUGUUAAAAUUUGGUCUAAAAAUGGAAUGCUUCGUUCUGUUCUUGCGCAAAUUGGAAAACCUAUAUAUUCUCUUGAUUGGAAUGGAGAUUGUAGUAAAUUGGUAUAUUGUGCUGGAGAUGAAUGUUUUAUUAAGCAAUUGAAUGUACAAAGUUCACCAAUCAAAUGGAGAGCACAUACCGGACUUGUUACUUGUUUAGGUUGGAGUGCUGUUAAUGAUCAGAUUCUGACCGGAGGAGAGGAUUGUCGCUAUAGGCUAUGGAAUGGACAAGGCCGCCCUUUAUGGUCAUCUGCUGCUUAUGCUUUCCCAAUAUCCUCUGUAGCUUGGAAUCAUAAUGGAACAAUGUUUGCUGUUGGAUCCUUUAAUUUAUUGAGACUUUGUGAUAAAUCUGGGUGGUCACAUUCAAUGGAAAGGCCGAAUUGUGGAUCAAUUAAUUGUUUAAGUUGGUCACCUGAUUGUUUACAAUUAAUUGGUGGUUCUGCUAGUGGACAAUUAUUACAUGCACAUAUUGUUGAAAAUAAUUUACCUUAUUUAAAUAGACGUUUAAUUUGGGAACAACUUGAAGCUAUACAAAUAAAUAGAAGAACAAUAAAUAUUCGUGAUUUAAGUUCAGAAGUUGUCAGAGAACGUUUAGAAACAAAAGACAGAAUUAUAAAAAUGGAGAUUGGAUUUAAUUAUUUAAUUGUUGCUACAUCUAAACAAUUAUAUAUUUUUAGGUAUUUUUAUAUAAAUUAUACAAAGGUAUUUUGUAAUUUUAGUGCUAAAAAUUGGAAUACUCCAAUUGUUAAUGAUCUUCGUGAAGGUUCUGGAUUAGUUUCCUUGAUUCGUUUAUGCGAAAAAUGUUUUUUACUUGUUGAUUCUUCAUCUGUACAAGUUCUAAAUUAUGAAGGCAAAUCAAUUUGUAAUAUAAAAAUUUCGUCUUUUGGAGAACCAUUUAAUGAACAAACAGCAGCAAUAGCUAAUGAUUUAGUUGUUUUGAGAGAUAAAACCCAACAUUCAUUAAUUCAUUUAUUUGACCCUCAAAAUGGAAGGGUUGCUGGUGAUGGGGAAAUUAAACAUUUAUCAAAUAUUGUUGAAUUAUGUGUUAAUCAAUGUGGAGGUAUUGUUGAUAGAAGGAUAAUAUUUUUGGAUAUAAAUGGAGAUUGUUUUAUUGCUUUAGUAAAUCGCUAUGGAGCACCUGAAAGAAUUCAGAAAAUUGGUGGGUGA